AUGAGUGCAGCUCCAGCUCUGCCCCAAUGCCCGCCUGGCCCCGAAGCACCCAGUUCUAGGGACUCUUCUCCAAUGCCUGAGAUUUAUGGGGCCGAAGAAAAUUACGCGUCCCUGCAAAUGUCAUCUGCUGAGACACCCCACGCGGAGACCGUCUCUCCUCUUCCUGCAUCCAUGGAUCUGCGUGUUCAGGACAGCCCCGACUCCUCCACCAGUCCCAGGGUAAAAGUACCACCCACUUCUGGGGAGGAGAGAACAGUGAGGAAGGAAGAUACGGCCCAGGGCAAGAAACAGAAGAUCAGGACCGUGUUCUCUCAGGCCCAACUCUACGUCCUCAAUGAUCGAUUUCAGAGACAGAAAUACCUCAGUCUCCAGCAGAUGCAAGAACUUUCCAACAUUCUGAACCUUAGCUAUAAGCAGGUAAAGACCUGGUUCCAGAACCAGAGAAUGAAAUGUAAGAGGUGGCAGAAAAACCACUGGCCAAAGGAGAGCAAGAGUGUGACUCAGGUGAUGAACAGCACAGCAACCGCAGAAUACCCAGGCUUCUAUUCCUACCACCAGGGAUACCUGAGGAACACUUCUGGAAACCUUCCACUAUGGAGCAACCAGACCUGGAACAGCCAGUCUUGGAGCAACCACUCCUGGAACGGCCAGUCUUGGGGCAACCAUUCCUGGGCCAGUCAGACCUGGUGCCCCCAAGCCUGGAACAAUCAGCUCCAGAACUGUGGGGAGGAAUCCCUGCAGCCCCAGAUCCAGUUCCAGCAAAAUUCCAUCAGCGAUUUGGAGUCCAUCUUAGCAACCUCUGGGGAAAGCCAUAGUGUAAUACAACAAUCCGCUAAGUAUUUUAGUACCCAGCAAAUAAUGGAUUUGUUCCCGAAUUACUCUGUGAACAUAGAGCCUGAAGAUGUGUGA